UGCGCGGCUCUUAGCGGCUGCCCCUCCUCCCCCGCGGGCGGGCGGCAUUGGCUACGCGCGGGGCGCUGCUCUGGGCAGGGCGGCCGCUCGCCCGCGGCGGGUUGAGUGACAGCCCGGCCAGAGCGCGGGGGGCGGGACCGGCGGGACCACUCUUCCCCGGUGCCCCCCCCCUUCCAUCUCUAUCGACAUCGCCGCCCGCUGCAUGGCCGGGGGGCAGCUGCUGGAGGAUGAGGAGCUCCGGUGGGGGCAGGAAGGAAAAGCUGCCAGGAGCUGAAGCCCUGGCUGAGCACGAAUGUAAACAACCUCACCUAGAUGAGAGAAACCCGUCAUGUGGAUUCAGAAAGAGAUUCCAGUGAGGUGUGUUGAUAGAAUGGAAGUAUAUGACCCAGGAUGAGUGAAGUUCUCAGCACAGAACCCGGAGAGUAAAUGUUAGACGCGGGAGUGGCGAGAGAGGCGUGGGUGAAAGCCUGCUGCGCCCCCGCUCCCCCGAAGCCCCCCAGAAACCCUCCGGCAGCCGCGCAGCCCCCCGCCGACCCCCAGCACAGCCGGAGAAAAUAUGAAGAAGCCCUGGGGCCCUGAUUUACCACAUGACAAUCACCCUUAUAACCCAGACUUAACAUGUGCACCAGACAGAGAAAGUGAGACAGAAUUAACACCUGACGAAAGUGAAGAAAAGAAAGAGAGGGAGAAAAAACACACCAAUUUCACUUUGUGUAAUGUUUGCAACAUUCAGCUGAAUUCUGCUGCCCAAGCACAAAUCCACUAUAAUGGCAAGUCACAUCAGAAGAGAUUAAAGCAGCUCAGCAAUGGAAAUCUUAAAAAUGAUAAUGGUGGUACAUGCCAGAGCCCUGCUCUUCCCGCCCUGGUACGUCCUCCAGCCCCACCUUUGCAGCCAUCGCUGGAUAUUAAACCAUUUCUUCCAUUUCCUUUGGACACUGCAGCAGCAGUCAAUCUCUUCCCCAACUUCAAUGCAAUGGACCCAAUUCAGAAAGCUGUAAUAAAUCAUACAUUUGGGGUUCCUCUUCCUCAUCGACGAAAGCAAAUCAUAUCAUGCAACAUUUGCCAGCUGAGAUUUAAUUCUGAUAGCCAGGCUGCGGCCCACUACAAAGGCACUAAACAUGCCAAGAAGCUCAAAGCACUGGAAGCCAUGAAAAAUAAGCAGAAAUCUGUUACUACCAAGGACAGCGCAAAGACUACCUUCACUUCCAUCACUACCAAUACCAUCAAUACCAGCUCUGACAAAACAGACAUUACCACAGGGACACCAGCAAUAUCAACAACGACAACAGUAGAAAUCCGGAAGAGCAGUGUUAUGACAACUGAGAUCACCGCUAAAGUUGAAAAAAUCCCCACAACAGCCACUAGCAGCACCACAUGUCCGUCCGUGGAGACUGAGGAAGAAAAAGCAAAAAGGCUACUUUACUGUUCACUAUGCAAAGUCGCUGUCAACUCCGCCUCACAGCUGGAGGCGCACAACAGUGGGACUAAGCACAAAACCAUGCUGGAGGCUCGGAAUGGAAGUGGAACUAUUAAAGCUUUUCCCCGAGCAGGCGUCAAAGGCAAAGGGCCUGUUAACAAAGGAAAUACAGGCUUACAGAACAAAACAUUUCACUGUGAAAUUUGUGAUGUGCACGUUAACUCGGAGACACAACUAAAACAGCACAUAAGCAGUAGAAGACACAAAGACCGAGCUGCUGGGAAGCCACCUAAACCUAAAUAUAGUCCUUACAACAAACUUCAAAAGGGAACACAUCCUCUAGGGGUAAAAUUAGUAUUUUCAAAGGAACCUUCAAAGCCAAUGGCUCCACGUAUCUUACCAAACCCACUAGCAGCUGCAGCAGCAGCUGCUGCUGUGGCUGUGAAUUCCCCUUUCAGUCUUCGAACAGCCCCAGCAGCUACCCUUUUCCAGACUUCAGCACUUCCUCCAGCACUUCUACGACCAGCUCCUGGGCCUAUACGGACCACCCAUACUCCUGUGCUGUUUGCUCCUUACUGAACUCCAAACAGGAAUCAGUUGUACUGCAAUAAUUUUUCAAAACAAUUCAAAAAAGCAAAUCAAGAACAUUGAACUAUGCAGUGUUUAUUUAUAGUUUAAAGUAUAUAUGAAGAGCCAGGACUUUUGAUAGAGAAUUGGACAAAUUCUAAAAGGGGGAAGGGGCAGUAUUUUCUCCAAAUGAGAGCAUUCCUCUUGAAUACUGAUCGUUUUAGAAGUGAUCUCCAGCAUUGAGUCAUAGUGACCUAUAGAACUUAUGAAGCCUUUUUGACUGUGCUUUUUGGCACAUGUUUCCCUGCAAUGUCUUUCCUGCUUUAUGAAACAACUUACAAAUUUGUCUAAAGGGCAUUAACUGGUUCCAAUGUACAUAAAAUACUUUAUUCUGUAGAUUAAAAGAAGAAGAAGAAGAAAAACAGAAACACUGUGAAUAGUAGUACCCUUACUGAUCCUCCUGCCAAAUCAGCUGUUACCGGGUAUUUAUCUGAACAAAAAUAGAUACAAUAGAUGUCUUGUAAAACAAUAGUAGUGUGUCUCUAUCUAUGCCACUAGGUUUCUAACUGAGUUGCAAGAGAUGAAAUGAACAAAUUAUUUCACUUUGGUAAGUAGCCAAGAUGAUGAUGACAAUGUGGAGCUGUUCCUAGUUGGCAAAUUUUCUUUUUAUCACCUGUAGGGGAAAAAAAAAAAACAAGUUCAGAGACAUAAAGAAGUUCUGUGGUUAAGACAAAUUAACAGCUAAAGAAGAUUUAGCACAAAAAUCUGUAAACUGUACACAAAAUAGGGCAAAUUUCUAUGUAACUGAAAAUAUGUGUGUGUGCAGUGCUUGUAUCCAAAAGCAGUAAUUCAUACAGAGCAGAAGUUCAUUAAAGGCAUAAUGGUGGACAGCAAAAAUAUAAUAUUAUCAUGAGUUAAGCAUAACUCAUUAAUGCUAGAGCAAUGGGAAAGACAAGAGUGGGUUACUCAUGGUCAUGACUAGCAAAUUAAAAUCAAGAAUGAAAUCUUGUGCCCAUUGAAGUCAACAGGCCAUUGACCUGUUGCCUGACCUCAGAGGAGUCAGGAUUUCACCCCAACAAUGGCAAACAUUAUUUUUAUAUCAUACCAGUGGGAGUACCUGCAAGUAGAGAAACAUGUAUUGGAUCUCCCUUCCUUCCUUUUGGUAUAAUCAUAAAAAUGGCUAUGUUCUCUUGGUUUAUCUCCUACUAAUAGGAUAUAAAAUGUGUUAAUGUGCAUUCUUAAUACAAAUAGCAAAACACAAGGCACCUGUUAUAACUGCACAUCAUGGGCGAGGAAUAAACACAACCCUUAGGAUCCUAGGGGACCCUAAAUUCUAUAGCUGAUAUUUACAUACUGACAGCUUAGAGCCUUAUAUAUUCACUAUGAGGCUGAAAGGGGUGGAUAGUGUCCCUUUAAAAUAAGGUUUAUCAGGGGUAUAUAUAGAUAUAUUGUAUAUAUGUUAGAGUAAGAAAAAUAACUUAUAAACAGAAAUUCUACUAUAUAAAGUCAUUAUAUAACCAUUCAAAUUCACACGUGGGUCAUUAGGUGGUAAGUAACAAACAACAGAAAAAAAUUAGACACGUCUCAAAUCUCUGAUUCUUGCUGGCUGCUUUCCCCCUAGGGAGCUGAAAAGUAUCUAUUAAUAUUAUAGAGUGGGCUGCUCAGUUACAAACAGCCACUCUGAUGCGUAGCUAAGUGAAAUGCCUGCCAUACAUUUAAGACAAAUAAAAAUUAAAAGCAUAAUUUAAGUUUAGGUUUGGGGGGUGGAUUUAAAAGAUUUUAUACAAAAUGUAUUAAUGCAAAAUAUUGGCCAUGUUGUUGCUAUAUAAACCUGCUUGUGGUUAAUAUUAGCAGUUUGAGAGGUGUACAGGAUGGGAAUAAACAGCACUUUUGACUUUCAGUUCAUCAGUGAGCCUGCCAUACCCAUUAGUACUUGCCAUUUUUUAAACUUCUCUGCAUAUAGAUUUUAUAAAAAAGUAAUAAAGAGAGAAAGAAAAAGUUCCAUGGAUGUCUGUGUCUAAAGAAUUCCAAAGAGAUGCUUUUAUUUAUAAGUAUUAAUUAAAAUAAGUUCUAUAUUAAUGAUGUAUGUAUAUAUUAUUUCUCCCAUUUUAUUUGCAAAAGUGCGUGCCUUGAAAUCAAUAGUCUUGUGGUUAUAUUCAGUUUAAUCAGGCGUAGGACAUAAAUUAGAUGCUGUGGUGAUUUCAGGGCUACUUCAUUAGCUAGACUGCUUUAGCCUAAGAUUUUCAAAAAACAGGAAAAUCAAGCUAAGCAUCGGAAGCCAUAUUUAGGCAUCUAAAAUGUGGGCAGAUUGCUAAAACUGCUCAGCACUCAGCUACAUACAACAUGGUCAUAGAGAAGCCCACCCUUAAAAUGCUGAGCCUGUCACUCUGCACCUUGGAAUAUGAAUCUACUUGCUUAGGUGUGUGCAUAUAGAUUUUGGGACCUAACUUUAAGCUCCUCUCUUAAAAACUGUGUUCUUAGUUUUUUUAAGAUAUUCAGCCUAUAUUCCUCAUGCAGUAGUUGUAAUGCCAUCAAUACUACUGUUGUGUAAAAAUCCCUUAUUUCAUAGAGCCAAGGUUUGCAAGCUAUGCUCCGUGAACCACUGUUCAUCUUCAGAGCCUUUCAUAGUGUCCACAGACUGGAGCAUUUGACAAACAAGCAGAGGGCAUGGGGUACUCGGAAAGGAGAUGGUCCAGGAGAGAAAAUGAAGUAAUGUGCAAAAUGGAAGAGUGGGAAAACCACCAAUAGCUGUGCAUGGCCUGCUGGUAUGUGAACACCUGUUGUACACCCUGCCACACGGAUGCAAUGCCACUAAAACCAGUGGGCUGACCUUUGUUAAAAUUUGGUGGCCUGUGGCAUGUAUGGAGGCACAGUACUUAGGGCAGAGUUGAUACAAGUUUUGCUAGGAAUAAACAGUGUCAUUUCAACUAUAUUUACAUCAGUAAAUUCACAAUGACACUUUCUGUUUUCUUGGACCUCUUUUGUCACAGUGCUCUAUGGAACAAUUUUUGUUCACACAAGUCUCUUCUAAAUUUCAGCUGUAAACAACAAACUCAAUUCUUUUUAUGUCUCUUACUCACUACCUAAUAAAGGAAUAAGCCUAAAUGUUAGAAUGUAUGGAUUUCUUGUGCCGUACUGUCCCACCACCUGUUGACCAGCACCUGUUUGUCAGUAGCAGAUCAGCAUCCAUUAGGAUCCAGACUCUUCUGGUAAACAGCUGUUUGCUUAAUAUUUUCAUAAAUAAAGGUGAACAAUACUGGCAAAACAAUCUAUUUGGUCAGUGGUGGUUUAAAGUCAAAUGCAUGACCACAGUGUUUGAAACUGGGACUGCUGUACUUAAUUCUCUUUGCACAUACUUGUGUUAAUAGACCCAAGAGAAAAAACACAGGAAGGGAAAAAUGUCUUCUCUUAGCACAGCAGGACCAGACAGAAACCUAAAGCCUAUGGAAACAGGUCCCAUGGCCUGAACAAACUACUGUUUGAGGUUCCUAGGCUACUUUGUUUAAAUCUACCUCAAGUGUCUCUAAACUGCAUUGCAGCCUGCAAUAUAGACUCAAGCCGCAUACAGGCAUUCAUUUCUAUUGGAAGAUAUUUCUUCCAGUAGAAAAAUAUCAGGCAAGCUCUCCAGGCAGGGGCUGCUCCUUGGGCCAUCCCCACCCAUAGGGAGCUCAUUACUGGUCACCCUGUUCUCUCUCCUGACUGGGUGGAGGGAGGCUGUCAAUGUGGCAGUUGCCACAGAGACCUGGGAAGAGCUCCCACCCUAAGAGAAUGCCUCCUAUUGCAAUCCUGCCAUUCAGCUGAUUGACAGCAAGGGGUAUUGCCCUAUGGCAGGGGCCCUCACAAGUCUCCCCUGCAGGAGAACAGCCUUUGCUCCUUGCACUUCUCCAGCUUGACCUGGAGAAGUGUGGGGAGGGUCAUUCAGCCAUUGUGGCAAGGCAUCCUGCCUUACCCUGCACUGCUCUGGACUGACCCAGGGGUCAAGAGUCAGGCAUCUACAGGCUUUUCCUAAGCCUCCUCUGUCUUUUAAAUUGUCGCCCCCCCCCACCACUACCUAGCUGAGGGGCAGGGAUGGCAAGAGCAAGCCUGCAGGAGCAGGGAGUGACAGGUGAAGACACUUUCCCAUUUGCAGCUCCAUUCCAUUGCUUUCCAUUGCUGCCCAGCUGAGUAGUAAGGCAGUGAUUUAAAAGCUGGUGGCUGGGAGCAGGGUAGCUCUACUCCCAGCCACUUGCUUUUUAAAUCAUAGCCCUUCUGCUCAACAGGGCAGUGGGGAAGCAAGCAGCUUGCAGCUGGCAGCUAACAAAGCCCCUGCCUCUUCCUGAAACUGGGCACUGCCUGGUUUAGAGAAGAGGCAGGGAGCAGUGGCUGCUACUCCCCUCCUCUCCCAGUCUGUGAGAUGAGGGGAGUGGCUGACCCUGCACCUUUUCAAGGCUAAGGUGACACCAUGUCUUGGGAAGGAACAGGUGCCUUCCCCCCAGCUCUACUCCUCCUGGUACCCAGGAGGAAUUAAGUCAAGGGAAAGUAUACAGACAUUUAGUCUUCUGGGAGAAACUCUUCUGGGAGCCAUUUAACCCUGGUUAUUCCAGGGUUAGUUUUCUCCAGGAGCUCUGGGAGCAAAAACCUGAAUAUCUGUGCACCUUUACCUUCUAUGGAGAGAAUAGCAACUCUCCCAGUAGAAACUGUAUGUCUGUUUCUAGCCUAAUUGAAAUGGGUGCUAGCCUGGAGAGAGGGUACCCUAGCUGUUAUCAGUCCCUUUCAUCAGAUAUUUAUAAAUUCAAAAUAAAGAAACACCAUUAGGGUAGGAGCAGGGGCCUUUAUUUCCCUUGUGUGUCUACUUUUAGACAUAUAUAUUAUACUUAGAUUCCUUAAAGAGAAAUUAGAUUUGGAUCUUGGUCUCCUGCACCCUAAAAAUUGUUCUACCUACCAAGCUAAAGAGUCAAGCUCCAGUGAAUGGUUAGUUAUUUAUAUACAAGUGGAACAGCUCCAACAGGAAAGAGUCUCAUUCCACCAGCAUCAACUACACAUGCUGAAAUUUGUCAUUGCAAUAGAGAACAACCCUAUCAAGGGUGAAGGGAUUUACCUGAGAUCCAGCAGGAGACCUGAUUUCAAAUCCCUGCUCUGACUAAUUUUGAAUAAAUAAUUACCAUGUCACUGGGCCACAGAGCAAGACUGAUUUUAGCUUGGCAGUUGUAAAAGUUACCUGAGAUGUCAGUCCUUGAGGCAGGUCCCUAAAAGGAAAUAUGUAAGGCAAGAACUUGAACCUGGAUGUCUCACUUAGCAGGUGAGAGCCUUCAUUACCAGACUAUUUUGGGGUCACCUUUAGAUUCAUGUUUGGGUCUUGUUCUGAUGUGUAAGGAAAACAGUCUUCAAGACCUCUGAAUAUUAUAAUGGAAUAUAAUUCUUGUUUGCUUGCCACCCUGAGCUCUGAAUUCAAGUGAGGUCUUUAAGCUCCAUUAUUAUUUAAAAAAUGAAGACCAACAAAUAAUUGUAAAACCAUGCCACAUAGGCAAAAUAGUGUCUCCUUGUUAGCAUAGGUACUAAUAAUGGCUUAUAAAGCCAAGAUCUUUUUUCAAAUUUAGAAAAUACAGAUUUUAGGUUGAUAUAUGGCAUGAACUAUGAAGAUUUCAAGGUCAAUGGUUUAUAUGUUUUGAUUGCAAAAACAGCAGUGCACAAAACAGCUGCAAAUCUACAAAUGUUGAGAUACUUGUUUGAUGAGAAACUCAGUUUAAAUUGUAUUUAAUAUUAAUUAAAAAGUCAAGAGUUAAAA